CCUGGCUUGCGUCCAUUGUUGUCCCGCCCUUGCUGACUGUUUGUUAGUUUGCCUUGUUUAUGUUUGCUGACUGAGGGAUAGGGCAGCUCCAUCAUCUUGUGUCCACUGACUUGGAAUUGCCCUGCCCUGAGCAGCCCAGCCCAGCCCCGGCAGUUGGCCUCUCUUCCUCCCUCUCCAUUCCCCCUCCAUCCCUUCCGUCCCAUUCCUCCUCAUUCACACAACCUCAUCCCCUUCUCUCCUCCUGCGCCCUAUUCCUAUUCCCAUUUCCAUUUGUGCUCUUCUGCGGCAUUGGCACGCGCGUCUCCCUAGAUUCUUCCUUCUUUCUGCUUCCGUAGGUUGAAUUGGAUUGUCUGGAGAUGGCUAUGUCUCUGGGGUUUUCACUGUCCACCUCUAUCGCCCUCAGUACUCCGACUUCUCUUCAAGCUACAUCUUCAAAGCCCUCCUAUGUCACCACUCCCUCCUGUGCACACAUUGCUGGAUUCUCCAGCAGCUUUCAGGGAUUGAGAUUGGCUUCGAAUUCGAAUAGGAAAGCAAGCAUGAACGCUGCAGCACCGUCUGUCUCUUGCGCAGCUUCCAAUGCAUUGAGAAAUACGUUGCUCUACGCAAGUCGAAUUUGGAGCUUUGGUUUUCUACUGGAAAACUUUCAAUUUUGGUUUAACCACUCUUAGCCGUAAACUGAGAACCUUCGCCGCACCGUUCUAAUUUUGGAAUGAUAACACCGACGCCACAAAGUCCGAGCCGGUGAUUUUGGAGUUCCAGCCCUCGAGCAACAUGCCAGUGAUGCCGCCAGAAUGGAAGGAGAGAGAAGAGAAAAGAAAAGCUGAGGAGGCAAUGCGAAACACUCAGGGUAUUACCAUCAGGCGCCGACCCGCAACAGGCCCGCCUAUUCACAACGUCGGUCCUUUCCAAUUCAAGAUUCAGAGCGAAGGCAACACCCCUCGCAACAUCUUGGAGGAAAUCGUCUGGCACAAGGAUGUGGAAGUUGCUCAGAUGAAGGAGAAGACCCCGCUUGGAGCUUUGUCGAAGUUAAUGGCAGGAGUAGGGCCUACAAGGGACUUUGUGGGAGCGCUUAGAGCGAGGGCGGCAGAGACUGGGUACCCAGCAUUGAUUGCUGAAGUGAAGAAAGCGUCACCAAGUCGCGGUGUUAUCCAGCCUAACUUUGAUCCAGUACGAAUUGCGCAAGGGUAUGAAAAGGGUGGAGCUACUUGUUUGAGUGUAUUGACGGAUUCCAAAUAUUUCCAAGGAGGAUUUGAGAACUUGAGACUAAUCAGGAAUGCUGGGGUCCAAUGCCCGCUUUUGUGCAAAGAAUUCAUCAUUGAUGCGUGGCAAAUCUACAAGGCCCGUGUUAGCGGUGCAGAUGCUGUCCUCUUAAUAGCAGCAGUGCUGCCUGAUCAGGAUCUUGCUUACAUGACCAAAAUCGCGAAGGCCCUGGGCAUGGCUGCUCUCAUCGAGGUACACAGUGAGCGCGAGAUGAAACGUGUUUUGGGUUUGCCUAAUGUGGAGCUUAUUGGCAUCAAUAAUCGCAGUUUGGAAACUUUUAAGGUGGACAUCAAUAAUACAGUAGAGCUCUUGAAAGGAGAUAUUGGAACUCAGAUUCGUGAAAGAAAUAUCAUUGUAGUUGGAGAAUCAGGAUUGUUUACACCAGAGGAUAUUGCUUUGGUUCGUAACGCAGGCGUUGGUGCGGUUCUUGUGGGGGAGUCUUUGGUGAAGCAAGACGAUCCUGGUGCAGGCAUUGCUAAGCUGUUUGGGGAGGACAUAUCCAGGAAACAGACUUCUGUGGCUUAGUCCGAACUAAACCUUACUGUGAGUAGAACAUAAGUAGAAUGAUUUAGGUUCCUGAAUUUUUGUCUUUGCUGAGAUCAGUCCUGCAAAAACUGGGACAUGUUAUCUUCUAUUUAGUUAUUUUAUUUUUUUACCAUGUGGUCUUGCAACCAAGAGUUGUUAAUGAGGUGAGUAGCACUUUUUGGUGAAAACUCAAGCCAAGACGCUCUGUUCGUGCUUUGUACUUGUACAUUUGUUUUUGAUAUAAUCGAACUCUUUCCAAUGAUACAA